AUGUGGAGCAUCUUCGACUGCAGCCGCGUAGGCCAGCAGGAAGAUGGAGGUGGUGGCAAGGGAAACAAGAGGAGGCGGAAAGGCGGCGAUAGCGAGAAACAGUUCGACCUGGUGGGAACAAUCAGGAUGUUCAAUGCAGACAAAGGUUGGGGCUUCAUAGAUGGUGACACGGGGGGCAAGGACAUCUUCUUGCAUGCAAAGCAUUUUGUGGGCAAGCCGCCCAACUAUUGGAUAGGCCACAAAAUGCAAACGAAGGAUAAGCACGUCGCCCCGAAAGUCUGCGAGGGCCCAGUGCGGGUCAUGUUUGACAUGUCCUUGACCAGCCAGGGCAAGCCUCAGGCGCUGAACGUCCGAAUAACAGGUGGCCACGAGGAACCGGAGGAUGAGGACAGUGAAGACAGGCCGAGGCGGACGUCACCUACCUGUGAGAACUGUGGUUCCACAGUGGUGGCUCGGCUGGGUCUCUCUGUUUGCAUCCUCUGCGGCACUCCUGCACCUAGUCGUGGCCGAUAG